AUUAAAAAGUAAAACAAAAAUGAAAACGGAUCUGAGAGACAAAACGUAGAAGAGGUGGGUUUUGUGCGCAGUGAGCUGAAGAGAGAGGCUAUUAUUCAUGAAUCAUGAACACAAAUAACAAUCUAAGUGAAUAUGAAUAACUUUGAGCAACUCACUCUCCGAACUAUGAAUUAUUAAUCAUAUAUGGUCUUCGUCUUCGUUCCUGCAAUCGGAUUAUUCUGAAGAAAGAUUUCCGUUACCAUAUUAUCAGAUUCAAUUGGAUUGUACCAGUCAAUGCAAUGGUGGUCUGCAAAUGUCGCAAGGCUACUAAGUUAUAUUGCUUCGUGCACAAAGUUCCUGUAUGCGGAGAAUGUAUCUGCUUCCCGGAGCACCAAAUCUGCGUGGUCCAAACUUAUUCAGAAUGGGUUAUAGAUGGGGAGUAUGAUUGGCCCCCUAAAUGCUGCCAGUGCCAAGUUGUUUUAGAAGAGGGGGCUGGAUCUCAAACUACUCGACUGGGUUGCUUGCAUGUUAUUCACACAAAUUGCUUGGUCUCUCAUCUGAAGAGUUUUCCUCCACAUACUGCUCCAGCGGGAUAUGUAUGUCCGUCAUGUUCCACUUCGAUAUGGCCUCCCAAAAGUGUGAGAGAUUCUGGAUCACGUCUUCAUUCCAAGUUGAAGGAAGCUAUCCUGCAGACUGGUUUGGAAAAGAAUAUCUUUGGAAAUCAUCCAGUUUCAUUAUCAGGGAGUCCUCCACCUGCUUUUGCUUCAGAUCCAUUGAUUAAUAGGGAAAGUCAUGGAAACUCAGACUCAGUAGAAGGAUACUCAGCUACAGCUGGAUGAAUGUCUCAAGUCCUGUUGUAAGGACUUUUACUCUCAUUCACAGCUAAAAGUAAAAUGCUUUGUCAAACAUAUUUGUGUUUGCAUUCAGUAUUAUGCUUAACUUUGUUCUUAUUGCAAAUAAUUCAGCCUGGAGCUACCACAAGGAAGGGCUCAAUCCAUGCUGAACGACAGAAUUCUGAAAUCUCAUAUUAUGCUGAUGAUGAAGACGGGAAUCGUAAAAAGUAUACAAAAAGAGGCCCAUUCCGUCAUAAAUUCCUUCGAGCAUUGCUUCCAUUCUGGUCUAGCGCUUUACCUACUCUACCAGUGACUGCACCACCAAGAAAAGAUGCAUCAAAUGGAACUGAGACAUCAGAAGGCCGUACAAAGCAUCGAAGAUCAUCAAUGAUGGACCCAAGAAAAAUUCUGAAGAAGGCAUGCAUGACAACCAUGGGCAUAUUGUAUUACAGACUAGUGCAAAGGGGUCCAGGGGAAGAGCAGCUUCUUCCUGAUGAACAAAUUUGAGAUGGGAAUGUUCUGAAUCUUGCUAGAUGUUCAGUGGCUCCCAUUUUCUGUGUUGCUGAUUUUUCUGGUGCUUCUGCUGCUUGCUGUUUGGCUUCUUUUUUUGGACCAGUGGCUGUUUUUGGUGAACAUACAAGUAGCUAGCUCAUUGAUAAUUUUCAUUCGAAUGCCGAUGAAGUGAUGUAUCAAAUACCCUUGUCAGCCAUCUUUGCCCUUUGCCCUCAGUUUUGGUGUCCAUUUGGAAUGGAAUUGCACAUUCAGGAUUGAAUGUUGUUAUCUGAAUUGGUUUAAGUUGUAAUUAUGUGGGAUCCUUGAAUCUUGAAGACCAACUUGUCUCAACCAUUUGAUAUAUAAGUCGCACAUUAUUAGCCAGUCUUUGUUGUUUCAUAAAACAGCCCCAUAGAUGUUAUGCAGUAGUACCAUCUUUAUAUAAAUGAUACUUCUUGCUCCAGCAGAGUGGAGACUCAUUUCAGUUUCAGUGCUAGGUCGAGUCUGUCCCGGGUCUAUCUGCUUCAGGUGUGUUUUCUGUGGGUCCGGGUCGGGCUGCAUCCUGGCCCGCCCAGUCCUGUCCAAAACAAAAUGAGAGAGAGAAAGCAGUUUCAUGUUUGGGUUGAAUUUCA